GCUGCGCCCGUGGCGGUGAUCAGAGCGAAUCGGACGGUGGAUCAUAUUCCCACUUACGUUUAUCUAUGCGUCGAUUGAGUUUACAAGAGGGAAGGCUAAUAACCGCCAAAUCGUGCAAAUCUUGUCACCUAAUGUUUUCCAUAAAUAGUUGAACCCGAAGCUGCCGCGAAACUUCUCUCCCUUAGCUCUCGCUUCGUAUUUUGCUCUCCGCCGAUGAUCUCGUCAGAGAGAAGGCGAAGAGAGAGAGGAGGGUAAAAGAGAAGAAGAAAUAGAGAGAGCGAGGAAGAAAGUAAGAUCUUCUUCUCCGCUCUUCCACCGCCUCGCCGCCGUCCUCUCUCCCCCCCUAGCCCCAGGCCGUCUGAUGCUCCUUGGGCGGCCCAGGUCCUGAGUCACAUCGCGCGUCAGGUGUCCCGCAGUAGCCGGCAGAUGGACCCGCCGUCGCCGGAGCGCUACGCGCGGCAGCGCGAUGAGGAGUGCGGCCUCGCCGACGCGGCGGCGGCGGCCCUCGUAGAUGAGGGCGAGAUCACCUGCGAGGACGACGCGUUCGAUAUCCCCGCCAAGAACGCCCCCGUCGAGAGGCUCCACCGGUGGAGGCAAGCAGCACUUGUGUUGAAUGCAUCACGUCGAUUUAGAUAUACUCUUGACCUAAAAAAGGAGAAAGAGAAGGAAGACCUAAGGAGGAAAAUAAGGACUCAUGCGCAAGUUAUACGGGCUGCAUUUCUCUUCAAAGAAGCUGGGGAAAGAGAGGCACCAGAUGCUUCUGGAGAGAAACCAGUAAUUCCCAAAGAUGGUUUUCCAAUCAGUGUGGACAAGCUUACUACUUUAACCAGGGAACAUGACUUCGCCAGGCUGCAAGAAUAUGGAGGGGUCAAGGGAUUAUCACAUAUGUUAAAAUCCAACAUUGAGAGGGGUAUCAUCGGAGAUGAAUCUGAAUUGUUGCAUAGAAGAAUCAUAUUUGGAGCAAAUACAUAUCCACAAAAGAAAGGGCGGAACUUUUUGGUGUUCCUGUGGGAGGCUUGCCAAGAUUUGACACUCAUCAUAUUGAUGGUUGCUGCUGUUAUUUCAUUGGUACUGGGCAUAAAAACAGAAGGCCUAAGUGAAGGAUGGUACGACGGUGGAAGCAUUGCCUUUGCUGUAAUUCUUGUUGUACUUGUUACAGCUGUCAGCGACUAUAGACAAUCCCUCCAGUUCCAGUGUCUGAAUGAGGAGAAGCGAAAUAUUCACUUGGAGGUAACUAGAAGUGGUAGAAGGAUGGAAAUUUCAAUAUUUGAUAUAGUGGUUGGUGACAUUGUUCCACUUAAAAUUGGGGAUCAGGUUCCAGCUGAUGGUAUUCUAAUUGAUGGCCAUUCUCUUGCUAUAGAUGAAUCUAGCAUGACCGGGGAAGCCAAGAUUGUUCACAAGGACCAAAAGGCACCAUUUUUUAUGUCUGGUUGCAAGGUUGCUGAUGGCUUUGGCACCAUGUUGGUGAUUGCUGUUGGAACUAAUACUGAAUGGGGUAUGUUGAUGGCUAAUAUUUCAGAGGAUAAUGGUGAAGAAACUCCUCUGCAGGUACGAUUGAAUGGUGUUGCCACUUUAAUUGGUACAGUUGGAUUGACAGUUGCUGCUGCAGUUCUCAUUGUUCUUUGGGCUAGAUACUUCACUGGGCACACCAAAAACCCUGAUGGAACUGCUCAAUUCAUAAGGGGGCUUACAAGUGCAAAGGCUGCCAUUGAUGGUGCUGUUAAAAUCCUGACUAUUGCUGUAACCAUAGUAGUUGUUGCAGUUCCAGAAGGACUUCCAUUGGCUGUUACCUUGACUCUUGCAUACUCAAUGAGGAAGAUGAUGGCAGACAAGGCCUUGGUGAGGAGGCUUUCAGCUUGUGAAACCAUGGGAUCAGCAACAACAAUAUGCAGUGACAAAACUGGAACUUUGACACUCAAUCAGAUGACUGUAGUGGAGGCAAAUGUUGGAGGGAUGAAAUUAAGUUCUCCAGACAAUUGUGAUAUAUUGACCGAUGCUGCAUCUCACCUGCUGAUUGAAGGCAUCGCCCAGAAUACAACUGGCAAUGUGUUUGUGCCAGAAGAUGGACCUGCAGAGGUCUCUGGUUCACCUACAGAAAAGGCCAUUCUUUCUUGGGGAAUCAAGCUAGGAAUGAAAUUUGAUGUUGUGCGGGCAGCAGCAUCAAUUCUUCAUGUAGUUCCUUUCAACUCAGAGAAAAAGCAUGGUGGUGUUGCAAUAAAGGCAGAUUCCAAGAUUCAUGUGCACUGGAAAGGGGCUGCAGAACUAAUCUUAGCUGCUUGUACGAGCUGGUUUGACGAUGGUUCUAUUCGUCCAAUGACUUCAGACAAGGUGAAUGAGUUUAAAAAUUCAAUUGAAGACAUGGCAGCACUUAGCCUACGUUGUGUUGCAUUUGCAUACAGAUUAUAUGAUCUAGAUAAAAUUCCACAUGAGGACAAAAGGGACAAGUGGGAGUUGCCUGAGGAUGAACUUGUUCUACUCGCUAUAGUGGGAAUAAAGGAUCCUUGCCGUCCAGGCGUAAAAGAUGCUGUAAAUUUAUGCACUACUGCCGGUGUCAAGGUACGCAUGGUCACCGGUGAUAAUAUUCAGACAGCUAAGGCCAUCGCUUUGGAGUGUGGAAUACUUGAUACCAGUGAAGAUCUUACUGAGCCAACCAUUAUAGAGGGCAGAGCAUUCCGUGCCCUUUCUGAAACAGCAAGAGAAGCAAUUGCGGAGAAAAUUUCUGUAAUGGGAAGAUCCUCACCAAAUGACAAACUUCUACUUGUCCAAGCAUUACGGAAAAAAGGACAUGUGGUUGCAGUUACUGGGGAUGGCACUAAUGAUGCUCCAGCACUACAUGAGGCAGAUAUAGGCCUUUCAAUGGGUAUUCAGGGGACAGAAGCUGCAAAAGAGAGCUCAGACAUCAUAAUAUUAGAUGACAACUUUGCAUCUGUUGUAAAGGUUGUCCGGUGGGGCCGUUCUGUAUAUGCAAACAUUCAGAAGUUUAUUCAAUUCCAGCUAACUGUCAAUGUUGCAGCACUUGUUAUAAAUGUGGUGGCUGCAGUUUCAUCUGGAGACGUGCCUCUAAAUGCCGUUCAGCUUCUCUGGGUCAACCUAAUUAUGGACACUCUUGGAGCAUUAGCACUAGCAACGGAGCCACCCACUGACAAACUUAUGAAAAGAUCUCCUGUUGGCCGCAGGGAACCUCUGAUUACAAAUAUUAUGUGGAGAAAUUUGUUCGUACAGGCUUUAUAUCAAGUGGCAAUCUUGCUCAUUUUCAACUUUGGUGGAAGGAGUAUACUGCACUUGAAGCAUGAAACUUUGGAACAUGCUGAAAAAGUGAAGAAUACCUUUGUUUUCAAUACAUUUGUGUUCUGCCAAAUAUUCAAUGAAUUCAAUGCCCGCAAACCGGAUGAGAUAAAUAUACUCCGAGGGGUGACCAAGAGCCCUCUCUUUAUGGUGAUAAUAGGAACCACCUUCCUCCUUCAGGUUCUUAUUGUCGAGUUCCUUGGGAAGUUCACAUCGACUGUCAGGCUCGAUCCGAAGCUGUGGCUGGUCUCGGUUGCGAUCGCUCUUGUAAGUUGGCCUUUGGCAGUCCUUGGAAAGCUCAUCCCGGUUCCUGAGAUUCCUCUUGGGGUGUACCUUGCAAGAAUUUUUUGCAGGAGAAGCUCACGCUGAGAUGCAGCAAACAAGGCAAGGAGAGGCGGGGUUGGUGAAACCCAUCCAUAUGUGAAAUGGUGAAUGACAUACCCAUCCAUCAUUGGUGAAACUCGCCAAGAAGAUCAUCGUGAAGUCUAGGAGCUUGUCAAGAGUCCAUUGGAAGAUUACAGAGAGAUCGUUGGAAGUCCACCGGAAACUCGCCGGAAAAAACCUAAACUUAUUGGACUUGUUUUGUUUAGUAUAUGCCUUAAAACUUAUAGUUAACUAAUAUUGUAAAUGGCUGUCUCAAUGUACCUUGGAUUGUUCUUGGAGACUUUAAUACUGUUCGGUACACAAAUGAAAAAGUGGGGGGUAGACAACUUUCAGAAAGUCAGCUUCAAAGUU